UCCUUCAACGAUCACCAACGAUCUGCUCGUAAGCUCAAACACAACAAUAAAAUCAUGAACUUUCACCGACUCUUCCUGCUGCUGGUGGUGGCCAUCUUCCUGGUCCUCGGCGGACAUUCCGGCGUUGAAGCUGCUCCCAGGUGGAUAUUGGGCAAGAAGCUGGAAAAAGUCGGGAAGAACGUGUUCAAAGCUGCUCAGAAGGCACUGCCAGUAGUGGCCGGAUUCAAAGCUUUGGGAUAAUGAGCUUUUUGAAAAAUAAUCCCAAUUAUGUACUUAUUAAUAAUUUGGCUAAGUUAGUUUCAUAAGCUUGGCAAUGACUGAUACCGUUAAAUAAAUAAUUAUACAGUUUACAAAA